AUGCGGCGGUCGAUGCAGGCUUCGUCGCGGCGGUCGAUGCAGGCGAAGAAGGAGGUGGCCGUGACGGAGUCCGUGUUCCCCGGCGGGCGCGACGACGACGAGCUCCAGUUCGAGUGCUCGAACCCCAUCGGCCGCGAGACGCUCAUGUCCCUGGGGCGGCCCACGGUCCAGGAGAAGGUCCUCGUGGAGGGGCUGCUGUGGAAGCGCGACCGCGGCAAGCGCCUGCUCAAGGCCGUCGUCGGCGUGCGCUGGCAGCUGCGCUGGUUCCGCAUCGUCGAGGGCCGGGACGAGCUCGAGUGGUACCACGACAGCGGCGAGAUCGAGUCGCGCGCGCCCUGCGGCACGAUGGCCCUGAGCGACCGCGUCGUCGAGCUCGUGCCGCGGGCCGACGCCAACGGGCGCAUGAACUGCUUCGCGCUGCGGCGCCGCGAGAACGGCAGGGCCGUCUCGGGCGAGAUGGUGCUCGCGGCGACGUCCGCGCCCGACGUCGCCAACUGGCUCGAGGCGCUCAUGUACGUGACGCGCGGCGCGGGCGGGCCGACGAUGCUCGAGCGCUGCCGGUCCGAGAGCCUGCGGAGCACGCUGUCGCGGCCGUCGCUCUUCGUCGACGACGCGGGCGGCGGCCUCGCCGACGACGUCGCGGCGCCGCCCCGGGCGCCGCCGACGCCCCGGCGGCCGGAGACGCCGCGCACGCGGUCCCUCAAGACGCAGGCGGCCUACCUCGCGAGCGCCGAGGGCCAGUUCUCGACGUCGCUCGCCGCGCUCGCGAAAAAGGCAAAGGUCCUCGCGGAGCGGUCCGUGCCCGCGUCGCUGCGGUCCUACUACGCGCCUUUGGAUCGGGGCGUCGCCGUCGUCAAGGACAUGGCCGAGGACGGCCGGUUGAGCGACGCGGGCGCGCGGGCGCUGCUCGUGGCCGUGCCGCGAAUCGACCGCCGGCUCGUGGAGGUCGCGCUGCAGAACCGCGAGGUCGUCGCCGCGGUCCGCGACGCGGACGAGGCGCGGCUCGAGGCGCUCGCCCUGAAGAUCAAGGAGAUCAACGCCUGCCAGGACCACCUCGUCGGCCGCCGGGAGACGGGGAAGCGGGCGAGCCGCGCGCGGUUCUCGCUCUACGCGGGCGCCGCGGAGGCCGCGUCCUCCUUCGACGCGCCGCCAUCGCCGCCGCCGGUCGCCCCGCCGCCGGCGACGCCGCCCGCGGCGCCCGCCGCCGGGUCCGCGCUCCGCACGGCGGCGUCGGCGCGCCCGCGCGGCCGCGUGCGCUUCGCACCGGUCGUGCGCCAGAGGCUCUUCGCGUACGCGCUCGCGGCGACGGUGCCGAGCGACGGCGGCGCGGCCAUCGGCCUCGGGCGCUACGUCGAGGACGACGCCUACGACCUCGACGACUUCGAGGCGCUGCGGGGCGGCACGACGGCGCUCCAGGUCGACGCGGCGAUGGCCGCGUACGUCGCCGGCGAGGCGGAGCGCUACCUGCGGAGCCUCGACGGCGACGAGUCCGACGAGGACUACUCCGAGGAGGAGAGCGACGACGACGACGACGACGGCGCCGAGUGGCCGCCGGCGUGGCGCUACCCGCGGGAGACGUUCCAGGACGACGGCGCGAUCCCGCCCGAGGAGCGCGCGCGGCUCCUCGCGGCCUCGGGCCACCGCCGCGUGUCCAUCAGCCUCAACGCCGCCCAGCUGCUGGCCAUCGCCCAGUCGCGGAAGCGCAACUCGCGCGCGCGCGCCGCGCGGCGCAUCAUCGACGGCGACGACCCGGACGAGGUCAUGGCCUGGCUCGCGGACAUGGAGAAGGCCGCGUCCGUCGAGGCGUACGCCGCCCACUGGCGCACGACGGCGCGGAGCCGGGCCGAGGCGAGGCGCGUCGAAGCGACCCCGUCGUCGCGGCUGCUCCUGCUGGCCUUGACGCUCUGCGGCGGCACGCCGCCCUACCCGCCGGGCACGGACCACGGCUGGACGUUCCGCCACACGAAGGUGACGAGCGAGCCGCCGGCGGAGACGCACCGCGUCGCGGACCUCGUCUGCAGCUUCUACUUCCCGGCGCCCCAGGUCGCGCUCUGCCUCGGCGGCGCGGCGCGGACCUUCGCGCACCACGUCGUCUACCGCACGCUCAAGGCGAACUUCAUCGACGCCUACGGCGGCAACCUGACGACGUUCGCGUACCUCAAGCUCGAGGACGAGCGCGGCUCCGUGCUCGAGGACGGCGUGUCGGCGAAGCAGGGCGUGCGCGUCGGCGACACGACGCGGGCCGACCUGUCGAGCGUGCUCUACGCCCUGCGCCACAUCGGCGUCGACGAGGCGCGCAUGGACCUCGUGCUCGGCAACCACUCCGCGCCGGCGCCGGCGUGCGGCGACUACCGCGCGCGCCACGACGGGCUGGGCGUGCGCGACAGCCUGGCCUACUACAAGUCGCUGUUGGGCCAGAUCGAAAACCGCAAGAAGUGCUACGACAUGGUCGUCGCGCACGAGGAGCGCACGGGCGUCCGCUUCGCGUCCGUCAUAUUCGCGCGGCCGGACCUCGCCUGGCCCUUCCCCAUCGUGCCCUGGUGCGCCCACAACUACUUCACGAACCGCAAGAAGCAGGACUGGAUCUGGUGGCUCACGCGCGCGGACGCCAAGGAGGCGCUCUCCCGGCCCCACGACGACAUGUACGGCUGCCGCAGGGAGCUCAAGGACGGCCAGACCGUCGAGGACUACUUCUACACGGGCCAGCGCAACGACUUCUGGUACCCGGGCGGCCGCGGCGACCACGCCCAGCUCAGCGGCCACAUCGUCCGCGUCCCCUCCGUGACCAUGGGCGCGACGAUGUGCAAGCAGUUCGUCAUGCCGGGCAUCUGGCCCGCGAUCAUGAAGGACGAGGCGCUCCCGCGGGGCUGGAACUGCGGCGAGAUCCUCCACGGGAACCCCUAUAACCACCCGAACUAG